AUGGCCCGGCUGCCCCACAGGAUUAUCGAGGAAACCCAGCGUUUGCUGGCAGAACCAGAUGAGAGCAACCCCCGUUAUUUUCAUGUGGUCAUUACUGGCCCCCAGGAUUCCCCCUUUGAAGGAGGGACUUUUAAACUUGAACCAUUCCUUCCAGAAGAAUACCCGAUGGUAACCCCUAAAGUACGUUUCAUGACCAAAAUUUAUCAUCCUAAUGUAGACAUGUUGGGAAGAAUAUGUUUAGAUAUUUUGGAAGGUAAGUGGUCCCCAGCACUGCAGAUCCACACAGUUCUGCUAUCGAUCCAGGCUUUGUUAAGUGCUCCCAAUCCAGAUGAUCCAUUAGCAAAUGAUGUAGCGGAGCAGUGGAAGACCAACAAAGCCCAAGCCAUAGAAACAGCUAGAGCAUGGACUAGGCUAUAUGCCAUGAAUAAUAUUUAAAAUCGAUCUGAUCAUCAAGUGUGCAUCACUUCUCCUGUUCUGCCAAGA